AUGUACCGCUUUAUCACCGACAAAAAUGACUUUCGCCGGAAUCUACUUGUGAACUUCGGCCUGUUUGCAGCUGGAGUGUGGGUGGCCAGAAACAUGGCAGACAUUGAUCUGAUGGCUCCGCAGCCGGGCGUAUAG